CGUCCGGCCGCCAGGGGGAGCCGCUGUGGCGGCGGCGGGGGUGGCGGCGCGAUGGCGGACUACGAGGCGGUGCAGCGCGGGCCGCUGCGGCUGAAGGGCAGCGGCGGGGCCCUGAGCGCCGGGAAACGGAAGAAGAAAAAGGCGAAGGACAAGGCCCAGGUGAUGGAGCAGAUCGUCAGCAGCAAGAAGCAGGAGGAGGAGAAGAAACGCGGCCUGGACAAGAGGACCCCGGCGCAGGUGGCCUACGAGAAGAUGCAGGAGAAGCGGCAAAUGGAGAGGAUCCUGAAGAAAGCCUCAAAAACCCACAAGCAGCGGGUGGAGGACUUCAACCGGCACCUGGAUACUCUGACGGAGCAUUACGACAUUCCCAAAGUCAGCUGGACGAAGUGAAGGGGCUGCUCGACGAGGCUGGGGACGGGGAGUUGUGUUUUGCCUGGACUUGAGCAGGGCGGCCGUGUAAAUCUGCCUGUGUGUAAUAGACCUUCUGAACGCUUAAGACUUUGUACUGGCUUACUUCAUUCUUUGGUGGUUUUUUUUUUGUAAAAAGAAAACGUUCAACAAAGUCUCUCAUUGGCCGAUGAGCUCUGGUUUGUGUAGGUGCAGAGGGAUGUGUUUUUUACUGCUUAAAAGGGCCGAGAUGAGUUGCUGUGAGGCAGCUGGAAAACAUUCCUUUGAUACCAACACUUCUUUUUGGAAACGAAGAGUCUGGCAGCCUCCCGUGGUGCAAGCUUCUCUUCUAAGUUACAGGAAUUGUAUAAUUUCCUUGUACCAAGAGUUCUUUCAGGGGCGGGGGGUCUGCUGGAACCUGUAACUCUGACGUAACUUAUUAAAAUGCUGCUUUUACCCUG